CCCCCGCCCUCCCGGCUCGGUGCCCGCGGGGAGGAUGCUGAAGCCACCCCCCGCUCCCGCGGCGGUGCCGAGCCGGGGCAGGACCGCUCCCCGUCGGGGCUGAGGCUGAGCCGUGGCCCGCGGGGCGCUGGUGGGUAAAGCGGCAGGAUGACCACUCCGGCCCUGCUGCCGCUCUCCGGGCGGAGGCUGCCCCCAUUGAACCUGGGGGGUUCCGCCUUCCCGCACCACAGGGCUACCUUGAGACUCUCCGAGAAAUUUAUCCUGCUCCUUAUUCUGAGUGCCUUCAUAACCCUGUGCUUCGGCGCGUUCUUCUUCCUCCCCGACUCCUCGAAGCACAAGCGCUUCGAUCUGGGCUUGGAGGAUGUGCUCAUUCCCCACGUGGACACCAGCAGAGGUGGCAAGGAUCUCGGCGGCUUCCUCAUCCACGGGCUGGGGCACGACGAGCACCGGCACAGAGAAGAAGAGGAACGUCUGAGAAAUAAGAUCCGAGCAGAUCAUGAAAAGGCUCUGGAAGAGGCUAAGGAGAAAUUGAAGAAAUCACGUGAUGAGAUUCAAGCUGAGAUACAGACAGAAAAGAACAAAGUAGUACAAGAGUUGAAAAAGAAAGACAGCAAGCCACUGCCUCCUGUUCCUUUACCAAAUCUUAUAGGGAUAAACAGUGGAGAACCAGAAGACCCGGAUAUUCGAGAGAAGAGGAACAAAAUUAAAGAGAUGAUGAAGCAUGCCUGGGACAAUUAUAGACAAUAUGGAUGGGGACAUAAUGAGCUCAAACCAAUUGCCCGGAAAGGACAUUCCACCAACAUAUUUGGAAACUCACAGCUGGGUGCUACCAUAGUAGAUGCAUUGGAUACGCUUUAUAUCAUGGGGCUUCAUGAUGAAUUCAGAGAAGGACAAGAGUGGAUUGACAAAAAUCUUGAUUUCAGUGUGAAUUCUGAAGUAUCUGUUUUUGAGGUCAAUAUUCGCUUCAUUGGUGGUCUUCUAGCAGCAUACUACCUUUCAGGACAAGAGGUUUUCAAGAUCAAAGCUGUACAACUGGCAGGAAAACUUCUUCCAGCCUUCAACACACCUACGGGUAUACCAUGGGCAAUGGUGAAUCUAAAAAGUGGUGUGGGUCGAAACUGGGGCUGGGCUUCUGCUGGCAGCAGCAUCCUUGCUGAGUUUGGUACUCUGCACAUGGAAUUUGUCCACCUCAGCUAUUUGACAGGGGACCCUGUAUACUACAAUAAGGUCAUGCACAUUCGGAAGUUACUUCAAAAAAUGGAUCGUCCUAAUGGACUUUAUCCAAAUUAUUUGAAUCCAAGAACGGGCCGGUGGGGUCAGCAUCACACAUCCGUGGGCGGGCUAGGAGACAGUUUUUAUGAAUAUUUAUUGAAAGCCUGGCUUAUGUCAGACAAGAUGGACACGGAGGCAAGGAAAAUGUACGACGAUGCAAUUGAGGCCAUAGAAAAACAUCUCAUCAGGAAGUCAAAUGGAGGACUGACCUUCAUUGGGGAGUGGAAGAACGGGCACCUUGAAAGAAAGAUGGGCCAUUUGACCUGUUUUGCAGGGGGAAUGUUUGCUCUUGGAGCAGAUGGUUCAAGAGAUGAUAAAGCUGGACAUUAUUUGCAACUUGGAGCUGAAAUUGCACAUACAUGUCAUGAGUCGUAUGACAGGACAACAUUAAAGCUAGGUCCAGAAGCAUUCAAAUUUGAUGGUGGCGUAGAGGCGGUGGCAGUGCGGCAGAAUGAGAAGUAUUACAUCCUAAGACCAGAGGUGAUUGAGACCUACUGGUAUAUGUGGAGAUUCACCCAUGAUCCCAAGUACAGGCAGUGGGGCUGGGAGGCAGCACAGGCAAUUGACAAGUAUUGCCGAGUUAGUGGUGGCUUUUCUGGUGUCAAGGAUGUCUAUUCCUCAUCUCCUACGUACGAUGACGUACAGCAGAGCUUUUUCCUUGCUGAAACUUUGAAGUAUUUGUAUCUGCUUUUCUCCAAUGAUGACCUUCUGCCAUUAGACAACUGGGUUUUUAACACAGAAGCUCAUCCUCUGCCUGUUUUACAUUUAGCCAACACCACACUGUCAGGAAAUCCUGCAUAUCGAUAAAAACAGCUCUGUGAAGAGGAAGAGAGACUGGUUUCAGCUCUUGUUUUGUUUACAUGGACCACUUGAGACUUUAAGCAGGAGAAGAGACAGAUACUUGAUAAAACUAGACCUCUGAGUUAAACAAGUACUGGCGUGAGAAAUAAAGCUCUUUGACAUAUAGAUAAGUUAAAACGGAAAAAAAAAAUUCUGUUUUAUACAUGACCAAAACACUUUAGUGUGGUAUUUGCAGGACAGAGACUUCAUGCGCUUUGGACCUUAUGAAGACAUGGAAUCUACUGUUCAAUAUAAAUGCGGCAGCAUAAGGAAGAAGAGGCUUUCCCAUCCAGGGAAAGGAACUUGCUGCUGCUGCUGUUGGCUGUUACGAGAAACAACUCACCAGUCACCUCAUGAUGGCAUGAACACAGCAACAACAAAAAGCAACAUCACUGCACCGGCAGCAUCAGGAUUUGUAUUUUUUUCUGUACGUGUCUGAAUUUUGUAGGGACCAUAUUUUUCCAGACUGGCAGCCAUUCUCAGGGCCUCUAAGCUGUUAAAACUAAAUGAAAACUAUUUCCCCCUCAUUUUCCCUUUACAAAAUAAUGUGGAAAGAUCCAUGUUGUAUGCUUACAUCCAGAAAGCCAACUAGUAAUCAUUUGGUUUGUAGUUCACUGUCAGUAACAUGGGUUUAGUUCGUUUGGCAAGCUACAGUCAGAGUCUGGAGCACAUUGCAGGGGUAGGAAGGAGCCUGAGUUUCCUCACAAAUCCUGUUGCAUGGGUAAAAAACAUUAUCUUAUUAGUUCUGGUUCUUUUAGCUAAAUAACCAGAGAUGGCAACGUGAGAAGAACAGUCUCUCACAAUUUAUGUAGCAGGAUAUAGUGUAUGGCACUUGAGGACGCUCCCCUUGAGCUAAGCAGCAGUAUUUUGUUGCUUUAUAUUUUUCCAUACAAUCUGGAUUUUUCCUAACAUUUUAUUUCAUUCUUUGGAUACUCGUUAUGGAGCCUUUUUGCAGGUAUGUGUAUGACAGAAGCCUGAACUGCCCUUGAUUUUGUUUACAAAACUCCUUUUCUUCUGAAUGCUCCACUACAAAGCCAACCCAAUCUUCUUUGGAAACAACAUAACAUCUCUUACACGUGGGAGGGAAGAAACUGAAGAAUCUCGUCUUAUGUAGCUUAGGAGAAAUGAGAUGCUGUAACCUGCAUGGUUUUUUUUCCAGUACUUCUUGGCUGGGCUGGACCAGGACAGUAUCACUUAAAUGAAGUCUGCUUCAGCCUUCAUGUAUUUGCUAAAAGAAGUUUAGUAUUUUCAAGUAUAUCUCCAUCUCUUUUUUUUUGGUGAUUGUUCCAGAAUCCUUACAGCUCAAAUUAUUUUUUUUUAUUCCCCUUUAUAGCUGUCAAAUGCUUUUGCCACGAUGACUGGUGGCUUUGCUGAAAAAGAGCUGUGAGGUGCUCAUUUUCCUCCUAAUCAGUGCACAGGUUGAGUCUUUAAAAAAAUCUUGAAUGCGUUUUCCUACUAGAGUGAGUGGAGGAACUCUUCGGUGAGCUAAAGCAUUAGAUUUGGAAGGAGUGGGUGCUAUUUCUCCCCAUCAAAAAAUGUUUACGUAUUAAGUUUUAUAUAUAAAAACUUUUCUCUCCAUUGUAUUGUAAUAUAUCUGACUGUACAUUAGAGUAGAAUUUCCUCCAUAAAAUUUUGCUUCACGUGUCUUUUGACACUUAAGUUAAACAGAGAAAUCAUUGCAUGAUAUAAGAAAAAACGCAAUGAAAUGUUUUUCCCCAGACAGUUGCUGUAGUUUAAGAGGAAGACCUAGAGCUUGGGAAAACUUCAACUUCAAUGUUUUUACCUUAAUACCAGUGACUUGGUUGCUGUACUUUGCAAGAGUGAGAACUGAUAAACUAAUUGAUACAGUAAAUAAUACUGAUUCAAGUAACUGUUUAUUUAAAAUUAGAAGUUGCUUAAUAAAUCAAUCUUUCUUACUGGUCCCGCAUUAAUUUAUCUAAUUAGUAUUCAGUGAUUUACUGAAGAGCUAGUUAUUUUCCUUUUUUCAAAAUUCAGAUAUGUUUUGUAUUCAAAUUUAGUUUUCCAAUCCAAUGAGAACUAUUAUUAGCUUAAAACUGCAGUCAGCUGUCUGGUUCUCCUGAAUCCUCUGGAUGCAAAGGAAAAAGUGGAAAAGCAGAUUCUUCUGUUGAAAAAAAAAAUAAACAAGGAUAAAAAAAAGGAGGGGAAAAAGAGAAUAAGAGAAUAAUGAAAAGGCACUUUACGCACCAUACAUUUCCUGAUAAAUGCAGAUGUAGAAUGGCUGCCAGUCUGUUCAGAGAAAGAUCAAGGACAGAAUCCUGGAGUCCCAGAAACAGCAGACUUAUCAUUGUUUGCUGCUAUUUCAUCCCCCUCUCGUGAAUUAAAGAUCAAGUCUUCAAAUUAAUUCCUUCAUGAAUCCCAAUGGGUUAACUCACUGACACAAGAGUGCUUGAAUGGAGGACCUAAGCCAUUUCAUGUUAUGGGAUGGUGUUUUUCUCAAAGCAGAUGUACAGUACUGCUAUUUCUUCUUUGUGUAGACAAGCAGCAGGUACCAAAUAAAGGACAUUUGUUUCUCUUUUUCCAGUUACCCCAACGGCUGUGAGUUUCUACUCUAUCACUUUUGAAAAUACAAACUGUCCUUUUCCUCCAGAAGAUACUAAUGUGCAUAGUCUAUCAAAAAUAAUGCGUUUUAUGAACUAAUUGCUGUGUCAUUCAUAAAUCCAUCCUGAGAUUUCAUAGAGCAAGCUGAGUUUGGAGGUAAUGGGUUCUGGGCAAGGUGUGAGCAUAAUAACUAAGCACCACAGAUACUGAAGCUUCUCACUGAAGUAGUGUGCCCUUCUUCCAAGUCCUCCAAAGAGAAGUAGGUUCUGAUCUACAGAAUGGUGUUACGUGCAACCCAAAGUUCAGACUGUUUUCCAUCUGGGUACAUAAGGUACAGUGGAACAUUGCCAUUUUCAUUCUGUUGCUGCUGUCUUACACACUUCUAUGAAGAUAGAGUGUAAAUUUAAGCACAAAAUGACUUUUUAGUCCUAGUUGUUUCAGAGUCUUGCACGGUAUUCUCUAACAAAACAAUCCUCAUUUUCUUCAGGUAGCUGUCCCAUUUUAGCAAUUUCUACAAUACCUUCUCCUUUUAUGGUAUAAAACAAAGAACAGAAAAUCAUAUAUGUUUUUGGCACACUGUAUUUGGGCAAGAGCCUGGAAAUCCCAGAACUGUCUGUUUCCUGUUUGCAUGCAGUCAAAACAAGGAUGUUCAGUUCUUUUCCUAAUCCAAGCCUCAAGCUUGCCUGUUGGUCAGGAUCUACUACCAGUAAAAUUUUUCUGAUACUUAGAGCUUGGCUUUUGAAAGAAGCCAAAUAACUGCAGCUUCCCUUGACCACCCUGGAGCUGUGUGUGUCCUGCAGUCAAUAAGUCAGCUUCUUAGCUUUGUCUUCUAAAUGAAAACAGAACCCUUGAAGGAUACUCUGGGUGCACAUUUUGCUGCAUAAUACAGUCCUUAAAAUUGAAUACUUAAGUAUUGAAAAUAUUAAGUACUCUAGAGUAAAGGGAGAAGUGUGGAGUUCCCUGUGCCAGUCACACCUUUGAGGCUUCUUUAGCUCCCUACUCAAAAUCUGUGGAUCACUGUCUUCUAUCUCCUGGACAUACAACCACCUAGUAUUU